CAUAUGGGCGGAUCAUUUAAUUCAUUGAAUAUAAUUAUGUGGAAAUAUUUGUUGAUACACAUUUUCAGGAGUAAAAGAUUUGUAGAUAAAACAGUUAUUAUUUGAAUUGUAUAUUGCUAAUUGUUUAAUUAAAAUUGAAUUUUAAUAAAAAAAAUACAUGAAUUAAAAGCAAAGAUGUCUGGAUUAUCAGGAGUCGGAAUGUUUUGGGCAUUUUCGUCUUUUAUAUCCUCAGUGUUAAUAUGCGUUGGAUACUUUUUGCCAUACUGGAUAUCUGGACAAAUGUAUUUUCAAUUCAGUGGAAAGUCGGAACAAACUAUUCCCGUACAUUUUGGUAUUUUCCGACGCUGUAAUUAUCCAGCAUUAAGUAAAGAUGGAGAGCUUACUAUGAUACUUGAAUGUGGGAAAUAUACCACUUUCUCGGACAUUCCAAGUAUAUCAUGGAAAAUAGCGACUCUUGUAAUUGGGUUUGCAUGUGGUAUAUGUUUUCUUGUGUCAUUAACGGCAAUAUGUGGCCUUUGUAUUAAUGGUAUAAUAGUUCCGACGGUAGCACGGUCGGCGGGAAUUCUUCAAUCAUGUUCAGUUACAGGUCUACUAAUGGCUACGGGUGUUGGUAUAUAUCCUAACGGAUGGGACAGUCCUGAGAUACAACAAGCUUGUGGCAACACCUCAAAGUCCUAUAGUCUUGGCAACUGUUCUUUAUCAUGGUGUUUCUACCUGACGUCUGCUGCUAUUGGAAUAACUUUAGUGUGUUCAGCUCUUGCUUUUUACGCGCCGAAACGGAAACAGAUCAUUACCGGAUAUGCAUUAUAGACAUGUGCACAUAAUAAACACGUGACAUAAACUAAUGCACAACAUUUGUGAUAAUAGUGAUCUCAACGUAAUUUAUCAAUAAGUUUUGGUACAUGUUGUUGACUAUUCGAAUACUUUUCGAUAAGUAAAGUACUAUAUAGACAGAAAUAUGCAUUUUCAAUAAAACGUGCUAUGAAAUGGAAAAGAACAACUUUAAAAGUAAUUUUGAAGUUGUGUAGAAGGAACAGAAAGUUAUUA